AUGAACAGUGAACUCAUCAAGGUGAACUGCUUGCUUGCUAAGCUCACCAAAUCACAACAAUACACAAAAACCCUUCAAUUGUUCCACAAAAUUCAGUCUUCCCACUAUCUAAAACCAGAUCAAUAUACCCUCUCUACAACCCUCACCGCUAGCGCCAAUCUCCGUGAUGACGCCGCCGGAAACCAGGUCCACGCGCACGUUAUCAAAACCGGCUAUAAAAUCUACUCACACGUAGCCAACACUCUGCUCUUCCUCUACUCAAAAUCAGAAGACUUGGCUUCAGUAAAACGAGUUUUCGCAGAGAUUAAAGUCCCGGAUGUGUAUUCAUGGACAACACUAUUGUCUGCGUGCACAAACCUCGGGGAAGUUGAUUAUGCAUGCCACCUGCUCAAUCAAAUACCCCACAGAAACGAAGCUGUCUGGAACGCCGUAAUCACAGGUUGCGCAGAUAAUGGGUAUCCAUCCAUCGCAUUGGACAUGUUUAAUCGAAUGCACUUGUUGGGAAUUAGACAUGAUAACUAUAGUUACGCUAGCGUUUUGAGCAUGUGUUCUUCAGAAUUAAUCGACUAUGGUGUACAAGUUCACUCACUGGUUAUCAAGACUGGUUUUUUAGUCAAACCUUCAGUUACAAAAUGCUCUUAUCACAAUGUAUUUCAACUUCGGAAACGCUAA